AUGACUCCGCAACCGUCUCCUGAUAUCGCCAGACGACGACGACCGUCCGCAAACAAUCCUGAUAUCGCCAGACGACGACGACCGUCCGCAACACGGCUGAUACCGCCAGACGACGACGACCGUCCGCAACAUCUUCCGAUAUCACAGACGACGAUCCGACUUCCUGAUACUCAGACGACGAUCGUCCGGCAACACAUCCUGAUAUCGCCAUACGACGACGAACUUCCUGAUAUCUGUCGACACAUCCUUCCGACACCUGAUGAACCAUAUCGCAGAACGAAGACUGUCCGUCCGCAACGACGAAGGUUAUCUGGCAUCCUGAUACGCCAGACGAUGACGACCGUCCGCAACGACAUCCUGAUAUCGCUAUACGACGAAAGACCACGACGACGACCGUCCGCAACACAUCCUGAUAUCGCCAGACGACGAAGACCGCCCGCAACACAUCCUGAUAUCGCCAGACGACGAAGACCCUAUCUACGCCUAUCUAUCUAUCUAUCUAUCUAUCUACGCCUAUCUAUCUAUCUACGCCUAUCUAUCUAUCUAGCCAUCUAUCUCCUAUCUAUCUAUCUAUCUACAUCCCAUUAUAUCUAUCUAGCUAUCUAUCUCCGCCUCUAUCUAGGUUCUAUCUAUCUAGCUACCUAUCUCCGCCUAGCCUCUUCCUAUCGUUGUCAUCUAUCUAGCUAUCUCCGCCUAUGUCUAUCUAUCUAUCUAGCUAUCUCCGCCUAUGUCUAUCUAGCUAUCUAUCCAGGUUCGCCUAUGUCUAUCUAUCUAGCUUUCUAUCCAGGUUCGCCUAUGUCUAUCUAUCUAGCUUUCUAUCCAGAGCAACUAAUUCUAGCUACACGCCAAAAACCGGAAGACUUAUCUUCUGCAGAACUGACUCGGAUAUAA